AUGUCGCGCCAUUCAAAGAACAACACGGCCCGUGGCCACUUUACCUAUGCAGAGAUGCAGAUGCUCGACUAUGGCACCAAGAAGCAACGCCUGGGACGAGACUCGAUGCGCGACUACGACGCCUGCUUCCUCUGCCUCCAAACAGCCCGCGACCCGGUCUGCUGCCCUGAAGGCCAUAUUGCCUGCAAAGAAUGCAUCUACGAGAACAUCCUCUCCCAGAAGCAAGAGAUCCAACGUCAGGCCAAACAGGUUGAAAUCCAGACUUUGCAGGAGGCGAGCGAACAGGAGAACAGGGAAUUGUUGGCGCAUCAAAUUAUUCUGGAUGAGUUUGAAAAGUCGCAGAUGGGUGUGUUGUCGAAGGCUGCGUCUGUCCGGACGAAGGGUGUAGCGGGAUCUGCGGGAGCAUCUUCACCUGGAUCGCCUGCCACACCUGGAGAGUCAAAUGGCAAGAAGAAUGACAAGAAGAGAACGUUCGAGCUGGAUACUGAGGAGCUGGAGAGGAUAUCAAAGCAAGAGCGGAUCGACGUCGCAAAAGUCAUCGAGGACGAGGCAAAGUCCAAGAGACCUGUUCUCCCAAGUUUCUGGGUGCCUUCGUUGACACCAUCCAACAAAAAGACCGAGUACAAGGCAACAAAACUUCACACCAUGUGCACCGCCUCCGAGAACGAGCACAAACUCAGCCUAAAGAACUUGAUCUCAGUGAAAUUUGAAAUGGCAUUCGAAGACCACGACGACUCUGAGACCACCGAGCCCAAAAAAUCCGCAAUCUGCCCAAUCUGCCGCAAAGGCUUCACCAACACUACAAAGCUCUCCAUCCUCAAAUCCUGCGGCCACGUCUUCUGUGACAGCUGCUGUGGCAAGUUUGUGAAAAAGGAAGGCAAGUGCCAGACGUGUGGGGUCAAGACGAAGGAAAAGGAGAUUGUGUCGAUGACGGGUGAGGGGUCGGGAUUCUCGGGUGGAGGCGCCAAAGAGGCCAAGAAGUUUGAUGUCGCCUUCCAAUAG